ACGCUAAUGGGUUUUAAUCAUUGGAAAAAAACUUGAGUUUAUUAUGCCUGUUGCGAAUGACCGUUUCCGAUAAAACACGGAAACGGAGUGAUCAAAGUAGACUAAAUUAGCUGUGCUUCUUAAACGGUGUAUUUUUUUCUGUAUUUGAAUGAACAUGACGCGUACACAUCUAGGAAAGAGUUUUAAAGAAUGGGUUGCAUAACUAUGCCGGUGUUCGGGUCACACAGCUGGCCGGUCAGUGGAGGUCAGUUGCCCAACCCAUAUUCGACAUUCUUGCGGCGUGUGGAAUUAUUGGAUUGUGGAGGGAAAAAGGAAUUUGUAAUUUCCCCCGUUAUUUUCCGUCUUAUGAAAACAUGCAAUAUUUUUAUAGCCUACGGUCGAUUAAUUUUUAUCAAGCCAUAAUGCAUGAGUAUUCGAGGCGGUAUCACUAUAAUGUGCAGUGAAGCUCAUUUGGGGGUGUCGGAAAAGUUAUGAAAAUGUACCUGGCUAGUUUGCCAAAACAUGUUGCUCGAGAAAUAGACAAAAGCCACAUCUUACUGAAGGUGUAAGGUAGGUUUUUGAUACUAUAGUUAGGAAGCACUACGUUUUUCUCGCGGUUAGGUAUAGGAUAGCUUGUGUUUAAAUUACUCUAUUAUUAUUUCUCGAUUUUUUGUUUCUGUGCUUACUGUCUGUAUCUAGUUCUGAACGUAUAGGACGUGGCUGUUGCAGCUGUGUGCCUUAACGCUAGUCUACUUUCAUAUGCGCUUGCCGUGCUGCUCAUGUAAAUCGUCUACGUACGUUGCCUUAGCUUGCUUGAAGUAGGUCGACAGCUACUGGUUCAAUCCAGCUGGCUGUUUUGUUGUACUGUCAGUAGUGCCGGGCGAAGAGGAUGAUUUCUUGACUGACAAUUCUUGUUGUUGUUGUUGUUGUUGUUGUUGUGAAUGAAAAACGAUUAACCUAUAACGUUAUACUUCCUAUGCAAGGAGAGUUAUUCACGAGGACACGACAAAUAUCCUGAAAAUGUACAUUUUAAAACCUCAAUUUGAGCUUUUAUAAACAACUUGAUCUGCAGAAAAAUUAUAAGGGUUAUCAAGUUUUCGCUUACAUCCCUUGUGUUAGUAUUGCUAUGUAAAUAUGUGGGCGUGUGCUAUACUGUCAAUCAUUGCAUUGAGUGGCCUCAGAAUUCAGGGUUAUUGCAGCUGACCUAGUCCUACUUCAGGCGCUCCAAAUACUAUAAGCUGGCUUUAAUGGUUAUAGUCAACACAGCACUGCUUCUAGGAUGCAACACUAUGCAGUUGUCGUCUUCAGUUAAGUUUCUGGAACGUUCCGGAAGGGCGAUUACCAGCGGCAGGCUCCCCGUAGGACGAUGGGGUGAUCCUCUCCCGUUUUCUGCCAAAAACCACUUACCUUUUUACGGCACGUCCAUGUCUGACGACUCCGACUCCAAGCCUUACCUGUACUCCGCCCUGGAGGGCCGGGGCGAGGGGGCCGUGGCCUGCAGCGCCAUGUCCCAGCUGCACAGGAUGGGCGGGUACGGCGAGGGGCGCGGCCGGGGCGGGGCGGAGCUCGGCCUGGCCUCGGAAGGCAGCGACAGCAGCAGCCAGGGCCCCGGCCCCUCCCCCCACAGCGACAGGAAGCGGGCCCGCUCGCUGCACGAGGAAGACGUGGAGAUGAAGAGCAGCGGCUCCUGCGGCAGCGGGACCGAGUCCCACAGCAACGAAUCCCAUGGCAAUGACUCCCAUGGCAACGAGUCCCAUGGCAAUGAGUCGCUGCGCAGCUCCAAUGGCAACAGCAAGGAUUCUGCCCUGCUGGUGUCAUCUGGGAGCAACAAGAGCUCCAACUCCCACAGCCCUUCCCCGCCCAGCAGCUCCAACGCCUUCAGCCUCCUCAGUGCCAGCUCUGAACAGGACAACCCCUCCACCAGCGGCUGCAGCAGCGAAGAGUCUGCCAAGGCGAAAACUCAGAAGGAGCUGCUGAAGACGCUGAAGGAGCUGAAGCUGCACCUGCCGUCGGAGAAGCGGCAGAAAGGGAACAAGUCGAGCACGCUCAGUGCCCUGAAGUACGCGCUCCGCUGCGUCAAGCAAGUGGAAGCCAACGAGGAGUACUACCAGCUGCUCAUGAUAAACGACAGUCAGCCGUCGGGCCUGGACGUGUCCUCGUACACCAUCGAGGAGAUCGACAGCAUCACCUCCGAGUACACGCUCAAAAACACGGACAUCUUCGCGGUGGCCGUGUCCCUGAUCUCGGGCAAGAUCGUGUACAUCUCGGACCAGGCCUCGUGCAUCCUCAACUGCAAGCAGAGCAACUUCAAGAACGCCAAGUUCGUGGAGUUCCUGACCCCGCAGGACGUCAGCGUCUUCUACAGCUUCACCACGCCGUACCGCCUGCCCUCCUGGAGCAUGUGCACCGGAGCGGAGUCCUCUCCGUCAGACUGCAUGCAAGAGAAGUCCUUCUUCUGCCGUAUCAGUGGGGGCAGGGAGCGUGGGGGGGACCCGCAGUACUACCCCUUCCGCAUGACGCCGUACCGCAUGAAGGUGCAGGACACGGAGCACGCCGAGGACCAGUUCUGCUGCCUCCUGCUGGCCGAAAGAGUGCAUUCUGGGUAUGAAGCUCCCAGAAUCCCCACAGACAAGCGGAUAUUCACCACCACCCACACCCCUGGUUGCAUCUUCCAGGAUGUAGAUGAGAGGGCUAUCCCAUUGCUGGGUUUCCUCCCACAGGAUCUAAUUGGUACCCCAAUCCUGCUGCAUCUGCACCCAAACGAUCGACCAAUCAUGUUGGCCAUCCACAAGAAGAUCCUGCAGUACGCCGGCCAGCCCUUUGACCACUCCUCCAUCCGCUUCUGCGCCCGCAACGGGGAGUACGUCACCAUAGACACCAGCUGGUCCAGCUUUGUCAACCCCUGGAGCCGCAAAGUCUCCUUCAUCAUCGGCAGACACAAAGUCCGCAUGGGCCCUGUUAAUGAAGAUGUGUUUGCGGCUCCUCCCUCAACCGAGGUAAAGACCAUGGACUCGGACAUCCAGGAGAUCACAGAGCAGAUACACAGACUGCUGCUGCAGCCCGUCCACAACAACGGCUCGAGUUGUUACGGCAGCAUGGGCAGCAACGAGCACCUGAUGAGCGUGGCCUCGUCCAGCGACAGCAACGGGGGCCGGCCCAGGCCGGAGGAGGAGGAGUCUCGCAAAGCCAAGCCACGUACGUUUCAGGAGGUCUGCAAGGGUGUCCACAUGCAGAAGAACCAGUACCAGCAGGGGGCAGCAGCCUUCCCCCCAAAAGCCGAGCCAAAGAGGAUGCCUAGUACAGAGUCCCAGCAGAAGAGCCCUGUGGUGAGGCCCAAGGACUCGGCCGUGCAUCUGAGCGGGAAGGAGAACGUGGUCAGCAUGGAGGACCUGGUGGGCGUGCAGGAAGAGCUGACCUACAAAGACGAGACUGUUUACUCCUACCAGCAGAUCAGCUGCCUGGACAGCGUUAUCAGGUACCUGGACAGCUGCAGUGUCCCCAUCACUGUCAAGAGGAAGUGCCAGUCUUCCUCCAACACUGCGUCCACCAACUCCGACGAGGACAAGCAGAACGCGGUCGAUAACGCCAUGCAGGUGUCUGAAGAACCGGCCCUUUUAGAGGCUCAGCCUGGCCUCCCUCCAGUGAAGGUUCACAAAAAGCCACCGGGGGCAGCAGUGGGCUCCUCCCUCGCGCCGCUGGCCCUGCCCAGCAAAGCAGAGAGUGUGAUGUCCAUCACUAGUCAGUGCAGCUACAGCAGUACCAUUGUCCACGUGGGAGACAAGAAACCUCAGCCAGAAUCGGAGAUAAUUGGAGACGUGAGCGGAGCAGGAGAGAUGGGGGAGGGCCCAGCGGUCGCCCCGCCCUCCAGCGCCGUGUCCCUGCCCAGCCAGGAGCGGGAGGCCUAUAAGAAGCUGGGCCUGACCAAGCACGUGCUGGCGGCGCACACGCAGAAGGAGGAGCAGGUCUUCCUGUCCCGCUUCCGGGAUCUGCGCGGCAUGCUCUCCCUCCAGGCCGACUGCUCCGUGCGCCUGGACCGGCAGCGCGGGCAGCCCGCCACCGACGCAGCAGCGGCCGCUCAAGGGCGCAGACAAGGCAAGGCGGGCGGCCGGGCGGAGUCGGCCAACCGGCGGGGCGGGCGCAACAAGAAGACCAAGUCGAAGCGCGUCAAGAAGCACGAGUCUUCGGACAGCACCGUGUCGCACAGGAAGCAGUCGCUGCUCCCCCCCCGGCAGGGCCUGAACCAGACCUCCUGGUCGCCCUCGGACACCUCCCAGUCCACCACGCUGCCCAUGGCCUACCCCGCCGUCAUGCCCGCCUACCCCAUGCAGAUGUACCCCGGGGCGGGGCCGGCGAACGCCCAAGUCAACCCCUCCCUGCCAGGCUUCGGGGAGAGCCAAUGCGGCCAAGACCCCCGCUUGCCCAUGCCGCCCACGCCUUACUCGACGCCGCUGGUCACGCCCAUGGUGGCUUUGGUGCUGCCCAAUUACAUGUUCCCCCAGAUGGGGGGCGCCCCUCACCAGCCCUUCUACCCGGAUCAGACCUCCUUCCCGCCCCAAGCCGCCUUCAACGGCCCCGCCCCCUUCUCGGCCACGCCCGCGUUCCAUGUGCAGCCGCAGUUCGCCUCCCAGAACCCCUUCCCAGCCCAGCUGCAUUUCCAGGCCCAGCCCUUCCCCUACGGCAUGCCCGCGGAGGCGCCCAAGAGCCCCGCCCCCGAGCCCCGAGAGGGCGUGUCCCGCUCGUCCACACCCCAGUCGCUCGGCGCCAACGGCCAGGCCUCGCCCCCCCUCUUCCAGUCCCGCUGCAGCUCGCCCCUGCAGCUCAACCUGCUCCAGCUGGAGGAAACGCCCCGCUCCACAGAGAAGAUGGACAGCUCGGCGCCCCCCGGUGGCUCCCAGGGGAACGGCGUGAUGGACAAGGGCAGUGCGGCCGGCCCGGCUAAAUCCGGCCAGGAGAAGCAGCAGCGUUCACUCCAUCUGUCUGGGCUAGCACAGACGUCUGGAGGGUCUGCCAAUGACCCUGGUCCCACAGGACCUGCUUUUCCAAAGCCCACAUGCAGUAUCGAUGUGCUUUUACCAUGGUUACAGUCACAAGAGGGUCUUUCUUGGGAUAAAGUGUGCUGUAGACUCGUUUGUGGCAGUGAAGAGAUGGGUUCCCACAGCGACGCAAACUCCACCCUGAGCGAUCUGAUGGACAUCCUGCUCCAGGAGGACUCUCGCUCCGGAACGGGCUCGGCCACGUCCGGAUCGCUGGGCUCCAGGUCCAACGGCUGCGGCGGCUCAGCCAGCGGCGGCUCCGCCAGCGGGACAGGGAGCAGCCACGUCAGCAACAACAGCAGCAAGUACUUCGGCAGCAUCGACUCGUCCCAGAACAGCCACAAGACCCAGGCCCCGGAGCAGGAGGCCCCGCCGCAGCCUUUCGCCAAGUGCGUCCUGCAGGACCCGCUCUGGCUCCUCAUGGCCGACGCGGACGAGUCCGUCAUGAUGACCUACCAGCUGCCCUCGCGGGAGGUGCAGAAGGUGCUCAAGGAGGACCGGGAGAGGCUUCACAGGAUGCAGAAGAGCCAGCCGUGCUUCACAGAGCAGCAGAAGAAGGAGCUGGUGGAGGUGCACCCCUGGAUGAAGAAAGGAGGUCUGCCUCAAGCCAUCAAUGUCAAGGCAUGUGCGUGCUGUGAGGACGCCUCCUCAGCCCUGAUAGAGGAGGAGUCGCCGGAUUUGGAAAUGGGAGAAACGAAUGACGAGGCCCAGAAAGGCAGCGAGGAAGCCCAGCAGGCCGAACACUGCCACAGCCACUGAUUAGCACUGCCCCCUCCUGGCCAACAGACUCAAGCGCAGGCCAGAGCACUUCAGCUCCCUGCGCACGCCUAGAGAAGGGCCUACGCACAGACUCUCGCAGACUCUCGGCACCUGCACAGAGACUCUCAGCACCUGCACAGAGACGACCGGGCCUGCCUGUGGGAGCUAUGGAUACAGUCGAAGAACUGCUACACUGUGUCCCCUGAGCUACCGCAAACCGCUGCGGGAGAUUGCCACUCGAGUCAACACCGUGUCCAUACACUGAUGCCAGUGUCCUUGGUCAAAAUUUUGAUGUUUGUGUUUAUUUAUUAAAAAACGUAAAUAUGGUCAGUUUAAAAAAAAAAAAAAAAAAAAAAAUUUUUUAAUGCUCAAGUCUGUCACGGAGUCCCAUAAAUGUUCCAAGUGAGGAUGUCCGUCAUGGAGGACGAAGGUGCUGACCCCUGCUUUCGCUGCAGCCAGUGCCCUCUUGACCCCGCCCAGACUACCGUGGAGCCAGUCAGAAGAGCUGUGUGACGUGACAAUCAAUUUUUGUCUCCACCCACAUCCUUUACACAGUUACAUGUUUUUUUACAUGUCAGUAUUUAUUUAUUUUUUUAAUAUCCUGUCAAGUUUGAAUUCGGUCAAAGCAGGUCUAAACAUAUGUUCUCUGCACUGUUUGUCCUCCCUCAGAUUAUUCUCCUUUUUAUGUAUUUUAUAUGUUGUGGGGGGAAAAAACUAAAAUAUUUUUUCUAAUAAAAAGGGAGAAAUGUCCUGAUCAUAAGACGCACAUGAGUUAGUGGUGGAAAUUAUCAGUUUCCUCUGCCUUCAUUGACCUAGAGAUAUAUGUAUAUAGUGUAGAUGUUACUUAUUUAUGAACAGAAAGGACCUUGUAGCCAAUUGUUUGCGAGCAAGGCUUCAAAAACACAUUUUUGUAUACAUAACUAUAAAAGCAUUGUGCUCAAACAGAGGUACAGGCAAGGAUGUGUUAUAAACUAAAUGGACCAACAUCAUUUACACAGCUGAAUUGUCUGGUGUGUAUGUACAUACAUUGUGCGGUCCAUACGUAUUUGGACAGUGGCACGAUAUUUGUUGUUUUGGCUCUGUGCUCCAGCACACUGGAUUUGAAAUGAAAUGAUGAAUAUGAGGUUGAAGUGGAGACUUUAAUAAGGGUGCAAGGGUACUUGUAUCCAUAUCCAUUCAUCCAUGUAGGAAUUACAGGAUUGUAAUUGUUCACCUGAUAUGGAUUUAAAUACCUGAAAAUUAUACCCAACCGUCUGCACAUCAACACAUAUUCAUAGUUUCAUUUCAAAUCCAAAACAAAAAUUGUCUCACUGUCCAAAGACUGCUCUGUGUGUGUGUAUAUAUAGAGCCAGUAUUUCGUGGGACCUGUUAACUGCCAGUCGGCCCUUGUGAGGGUAGUGAGGUAAUAGAUGGCAUACCAUUUGUGAUACAGUACAUUGAACAAUAAGGCUGUUUGUGAACCAUACCUGUGUCCUGUAUACUCUCAGGUCAGAGUACAGUACUGGCAUUCCGCAGUAGGAUUACUUUUUUCCUCCCGAGUAUUGUAAUUGUGUUUCCUGUUUAUUCAUUUUUAAGGCUAUGAAUCCCUCAUGUCAUUGAUAUCUUUUGCAAAUGUCUUUCAUGAGGCAAAGGCAAAACUACCUACUAAAAGGACAACACUAGUGACUGAAUGUAAAGUUAAAUGUAAAUAUUUUUUGUCUCUGUGUUACUGUAUGGUCAGACAGCUAUGGAGUGAGACGAAACUGUAGCUUCUUUUCCAGUUUUUUUGGAAAUGAUGGCUUUCCUGUGCUGUGAAUUUAUUCAUAAAUUAUAUUGCAAUAACAUUUUUAAUAAAAAUGUGUCUUUAUGCAUUUGAUAA